GAAAUUUUUGAAGUGGCCCCGGACCAGAAAUUGUUGCCCACCCCUGUCCUAGUGUCUCCUGCGUCAGUCCCUGCUGGCUGACAGCGAUAUUGCUCCAUUGCCGUGUGGGGGCUGCUAGAAGGAGCCUCCGAGCUCUUCACUGCAAAGCUUGUGGCAAUGAGAACCCCUUAGGCCAUGUAUCUGUUGAAGCAGCUUAUCCCAUAGCGUGUAAACUCAGGGGUGUAGGACAGUGGUUCCCAGCCUGUGGUCAGCAGACUCCUAGUGCUCUGCAAUGGUGCUGUAUGGGGUCUGUGAAAAGUUUAAAAUACAGAUUAAAGUAAAUGUACCGUGUACAAAACACUUAUGUAUUUGAAUUAAUAAUAUUGUACGUUGUGUAAUUAUAAAUAUAUAUUUAAUAUUUUAUUUCCGUGAUCGUGUUUUCAAAUAAUGGAGUGUUUGAAAACACCUAUUUUGUUUGGCGGGAGGGGUGUCCGUACAAUUUUAAUAGAUUGAAAAGGCAUCCAUGUGCUCAAAGAAGUUGGGAGCCCACUGCUGUUGGAGCUUUCUUUUGCUUCUGUUUUUGUCCAGGGCCUAGUGGAAUGGGACCCCUUGUGCUAUGCUUAGGUCUAUUAGAUGCUGUGACUACUCAUUUUCUUUGAAUGCUUGUUUGGUUUAUAUGAUUUCUGGUUGUCUAUCUUGUGUCAUAUUUGGCGAGACCCUCUGACAGGUAGCAGGAGUUGUCUUGAUCAAGAGCUUGGUUGUGCCAACCGGUGUCUUGCUCCCCCUCUCGUGUGAUGGCCUGGGCUCUAAUGUGAAGUGAAAUGUGGAUCAUCCUACACUUGUCAGCUGGAGCAUAUAUAAAGCCAGCAGGUGUAACUGAACCUGGGACUGCAUUAGUCUCUUGCAUGGCCUGGACUUCCAGGAUCCACGCAUGGCUCAGCCUGGAUCCCCUUUAACGGGUAUGUCAAAGUGUCCCAAUUUAUCCAGGUAGAUUCAGGUAUCGCUUUAAUUCAAUCGGGGUACCAUUAGGUGUCUGAUUAAAUACAUGAAAUAAUGAUCCUGCCUGAUGGUGUGAAUCUCUGAGCCUUAGACUCUCAUCCUGCAAACAUUCAGCAGCUCCAUUUAAUUUUAAGCGUCUGAAUGUUUCACUUCUGCCAAUUUAGUCCUGAGGAGAGCACCUAGGUCUCUGCUGCAAAUAAAUGGAUGAAAACUAGAGGUUUGAAAUAUAGGAGCCUCAACGUAGACACUUACAUCCAUGUUCAGGCAGUUGAAUACAGGGCUUGUUUUUCAGAACUCCUCGGUGCUCAGAAUCAAAUCCCAUUCCUGCAGGUGCAGGAAUGUUGAAACUCAAACCAUGUAUUGAGAGAAAUGCAUAUGGCUUUUGGGCUCUAACUUGUGUGUGUUGCUUAUAGAAUAUCUAGACUCAAACUUUUGCCCAAAAUGGCAGUAUCUGGCAUGUGUCACCAGGGAUAGAGUCUGGGGAGAAUGGGGGUGUGGAAAGGCUUGCAGCCCCUUCGGAAAUGUCUCCCAAUUUUCCUCCCCCCCCUGCCAGGCGGCAGAACACCCAUGUCUGACUCCAGUUCAGCCCCUGGCCUGCAGAGCCAGGGACAGGAAAUGACCGUGGCGGAGCCGGUGAGCUUCGAGGAGGUGGCUGUGUACUUCUCUGAGGAGGAAUGGGCUCUGCUGGACCCGGGCCAAAGAGCCCUCUACAGGGAUGUGAUGCAGGAGAAUUACGAGGCUGUGAGCUGGCUGGGAUUCUCCAUUCUCAAACCUGACCUGAUUCUCUGGCUGGAACGAGGGGAAGUGCCGUGGGCCUUGAUUCUCAAAGAAACAGAGCUCCUGAGACAAACUGGUGCAGUUGAGGAGUCAGGGAAACUGAGCCAGAAACUAUCCGGUGCGAGGACAGUGAGGGAGAACAAUGAGAAUCAACAGCAGGACAGUCCUGGCACCAUAGAAUCACAGGGAAUGUUUCUGGAAGGAGAUGAAGGGGAUGUUUCCCAGUGUGUGGAACAGAGGGAAACCUGGGGAAAUCAACACAGGGCAGAAAGGCAAUUGGAGAACAAUCCAAGCAGGAAAGCAGAGGAAUCCAUGGAAUGUGGAGGAGAAUCCAAGGAUCCCAAGGAAAUUUUAGCCCAGCAGACAAAUCACAAUGGAAAGAAAUGCUGUGAUGAAAGCUCAGAUUGUGAGAAAAUAUUAAGAGAGAAGUCAGGCCUUAUUCUGCCCCAGCGAGGGCACACAGGAGAAAGACUCUGCAAAUGCCUGGAGUGUGGAAAAAGUUUGAUUGAUCUGUCAUCACGUAUUGAACCUGAGGUUACCCCCAUGGGGGAGAAAUCCUAUAAAUGCUCUGAGUGUGGGAAAAGUUUCACUUUCAGAUCACAUCUUAGUAGCCAUCAGAAAACCCACAUUGGAGAGAGACCAUAUAGAUGCUUGCAAUGUGGGAAAAGCUUCAAACAGAAGUCAAGCCUUAUUGUACAUCAGAGAAUCCACACUGAACGAUCAACCCUCAGUAGGCAUGAGAGAACCCACACAGGAGAGAGACCAUAUAAGUGUUUCCAUUGUGGGAAAAGUUUCCGAUUCAGUUCAAACCUUUUUAUCCAUCAGAGAGUGCACACGGGAGAGAGGCCGUAUAAAUGCCAGGAGUGUGGGAAAGCUUUCGCUGUACACGCGUACCUCCUUAACCACAAGAGAACACACACAGGAGAGAGACCAUAUAAAUGCCACGAGUGUGGGAAAGGAUUCACUGAACGAUCAGCUCACUAUAGACAUGAGAGAACCCACAUCAGAGUGAGACCAUAUAAAUGCCAGGAGUGUGGGAAAUGUUUCCUUUCCCAAUCAGAUCUUAUUAAACAUGAGAGAACACAUACGGGAGAGUCACCAUAUAAGUGCCAUGAGUGUGGGAAAGGUUUCACUAUACAAUCAGCCCUCAGUAGACAUGAGAGAACCCACACGGGCGAGAGACCAUAUAAAUGCCACGAAUGUGGGAAAAGUUUCGCUGAACAAUCAGCUCUCAUUAGACAUGAGAGAACCCACACAGGGGAGAGACCAUAUAAAUGCCAUGAGUGUGGGAAAGGUUUCACUGUACGAUCAGACCUCAUUAGACAUGAAAGAACCCACACAGGAGAGAGACCAUAUAAGUGCUUCCAUUGUGGGAAAAGCUUCACUGUGAGUUCAUACCUUUUUGUCCAUCAGGGUGUGCACACGGGAGAGAGGCCGUAUAAAUGCAAUGAGUGUGGAAAAGAUUUCACUUUUCAAUCAGCCCUGAGUAAGCAUGAGAAAACCCACAUGGCAGAGAGACCAUGUAAGUGCUUUGACUGUGGAAAAAGGUUCAAAGAGAGGUCAAACCUUGUAAGCCAUCAGAAAGUGCACAAGCAAGAGAGAGAGAGACCCUAUCAAUGUCAGACGCUUCAGGGGGUAGCUGAAUUAGUCUGUACAGCAGGGGUGACCAACCCGUUAGAGACAAAAAGCCAAAAUAGAGGUGGUGGGGGGGGGCAUUGUUAAUCAAAAAGACCCCAAAGACCUGCGCUGGGAGAAAAUAGGUGCUGGUACGCUGUCCUGUGACAUGCCAUCACAAAAAACGCACUGGAAAGGGGUGAGAGGUGCAAGCUGUGGGAGGGAAUUUAGGUGCAGGAGGAAGUAGAGAGGAUGCUGGGUCAGGGAGAGUGCUCCAGGCUGGAGUGUGUGGGGUCAGGUGGAGGGUUGGGUUUCUGAGUAAGCUGCAGGCUUGUGGCUGUGAGGGUGCAGGAGUUUGGGCUGGGGUGCAUGUGGGGCUCAAGGAAGGGAGGCUGGGAGUAUAAUGGGCUCGGGACAGGUUUGCGGUGUGUGGGUGGUGCAGGUGUGUUGUGGCAGAAGAGAGUUUGGGGAUGUGAGAGGCUCAGGAUGGGGGAUUCCAGUGUAUGAGAGGGAUUCCAGUGUAUGGGAUCUGGGAGGUUGCAGGAGUGUUAUGAUGCUGUGACCAGAUGGGGGCUUGGUGGCCAGGCUUCAUUUUUAAAUAAAAUAUGUCAAAC